CUCAUUAACCCACUAGCCCAUCACUGCUCGAAGAAGAGUGAGUUACAUCGAAACUGGGGUUUGACCAACCAACUACACUACGCCAAUUUCAUUCCCCCACCCAAAGUCAAAUCUAAUUGUUGCAGCAGUAGAGUAGUACUCGUACUAAAUAUGAAGAAGAAGUUGAAUACGAUAUUUUUCUUGUUUGCAUUUGGCCUCUCCAUUAUGUUGGCCCAAUCUGCCCAACAAGAUUCCCUUCUUGGAUCAGCCCGUGUUGUAUUUCAGACAAAUUAUGGGGACAUCGAAUUUGGUUUUUACCCUAGCGUGGCUCCACAGACAGUCGAACACAUUUACAAACUUGUUCGUUUGGGGUGCUAUAAUACAAAUCACUUCUUUCGGGUUGAUAAAGGGUUCGUUGCACAAGUGGCUGAUGUUUCUGGUGGGAGAACAGCUCCUAUGAAUGAAGAACAAAGGGAAGAAGCUGUAAAGACCAUUAAAGGUGAAUUCAGUGAUGUUAAACAUGUACGGGGAAUUCUUUCAAUGGGGAGGUAUUCAGAUCCGAAUAGUGCUCAAUCCUCAUUUUCAAUGCUUCUUGGAGAUGCUCCACACCUUGAUCAUGAGUAUGCAAUUUUCGGCAAAGUUACCAAAGGCGAUGAGACAUUGAAGAAGCUUGAGGAAUUACCUACUCGUCGUGAAGGGAUAUUUGUAAUGCCAACUGAGCGCAUAACAAUUCUGUCAACAUACUAUUAUGACACCGAAAUGGAGACUUGUCAGCAGGAUAAGUCAGUGCUUAAGAGGAGACUUGCUGCUUCUGCUGUCGAGAUCGAAAGACAGAGGAUGAGAUGCUUCCCAUGACCUUUUAAUGAAGCAACAACAAUUCUUGGAAAAUGAAACAAUGUAGCUGGCUAGUGAAGAAAUGUCUAAUUACUUGAAACAUCCACCGAUCGUAGAUGGUCAAUGUGGGCCUGGUUUCAUUUACCUGCCGAGACAACCGAACCUUACUUCUCAUAGACAGAUCCAUGUGCAUAUCACAUGCUUAAGGUAAAUAGGGUACUCUAGAACUUCAUUGAUGGCUACUUGAAUACAGACACAUGUGGAUUGCGUUUGUUUGUUAUGCUAAUAGACAAGAAUGAGGUGAUGGUUCCUGGUGCUUUUAUCGUGUCAAUGUCAAUUGUGUCUUCUACAUUUCUUCACUUGAAAUAUAUUUUUUAGGUGUGGUGUUUUAUCAGAAACAAAAUAUAUUAUUAUAUUUGACAGAUGUCCAUUGGGGUUUGAACA